AGGUACUGCUUAGUGCGCAGUUUGUGUAGUAUGAAGAACCUGAUGUUUGAAAAGGAUUUAAAAUAUCGGAGACGCUGGAAUGGCCGUCCAGGGGCAGUCUUCCACAGACCAAGACAACGAUUGGAUUUCCCAACUGCAGUCAUCCUCUUCUCAUACAACCUAUAGUAACAGCCAUUACCUUAUUCACACUAACCGCCCUCAUAACAGCACAUUUCAUUUACAUUCUUCAGUUUCAGCUGAUGCUAAUAAUGAUGUUGUGGCUUUAGUCCUCUACGCUGUCUUUUCAGUUCUUGGUACUACAGUGAAUAUCUUUGAAAUCAGCUCUUUGAUCAUUCAAGAAAAUUUAAGACAUCAUGGCAAUGUAUUUCUAGCCAACCAAGCUUUGGCCAAUCUAUUGAUUACAAUUUUAGGUUUCCCAGCAUCAUGUAUAGCUAUUCUUUCCAACACUCACAAUUACAGUUUUGUGUGCUACUGGCAGUGGUACAGUGCCCUAAUAUCUUUCUUUACUACUACCUUGAAUUAUUUCUUUAUAGCUAUUGAAAAUUUACUCAGGGCUUGUCGCAAGCGCUCCAGAAACAGAAAUGACGGUGCAUAUUCUUGCUGCUGCAGCGUGCAAGUUGUUGUGUUUGCUGUAUUUUUUUGUUGGAUUGCUGCCGCUGCAUGGGUUGCAGUACUGGUUAUUUAUGAUAAUACCCAAGAUGUCUGUAAUCGAAGAUACGGAUACAGCAUAACAUUUCUAAUCUUUCUUAUUCCCAUAUCACUUACUGUGCUUACAUUUUCGUUGGCAAUUUAUCGAUAUAAAAGGCAUUUAAAAGAAUUGGAGGCUAGACAGUGUCUAGAAAGCAGAGAAGAAAACUUGCACAGGCAGUUAUUUAAGAGCAAUGCCUUAGCUUACAUGCUAUUUCUUUGUUUCUGGAUGCCCUUUAUCAUUGCUGUAUCAAUAUCAGCAUCGGAAAACAUACAAGCAGUGCCAUGGUCAACACGCCCUACAGCCGCUACGCGAACCAAAACAAAUCCUGUUGCUACAUCCACAAAUAGUGUUGAAACACUGCUAAUAAUAGCUCAGUCUUACAGCUGUUUUUGUGGAUUAGUCUACGCUUUUACUAACAGUUCCUUUGGGCAAGCAUUCAUUUACUUGACAAGGUACUUCUGCUGUAAAGCUCAUCCUGAGUUCACCAAGAGUACCUUUCAAGAGAAGCCCAGGGGUACAGUUAGAGUACACAUCGGAAUGGAGACUCGCGUUGGAGAACGAAGUGCUAGAGCCAACAAACUGAUGGCUGUCAUGAUGCACGAUAGUCCAAGAGGAGGAAGGACUGGUAACCAUUACCUCUAAGAAUAUGAGCUCCCUCAUGUUGUCUGAAGCUUCCUAUAGCCAUAAACCACUUGUGUGCCGUUUGAUAACACGAUAACACCGGGGAAAAUGUUUAUGUUCAUAUUCAGCAUUAUUUUGGAUAAACAUUUAGAAAUGCUGAUGAAGAUAUAAUCUAUUUUUAAAAUGGAUAUACCAGAAAAAGAGAUCCUCGCACAAAGUAUUACUCACAUUUUAUUGAAUUAAGCACUAGAGCAGAAUAAUUAACAAAUAGAGAAUAGAAAACCUAUAGUACUGGAAAGUAGAAACAAAUGAUUUAAUCCAUACGUGGCGAACUUAAAAUAGUACCAUAUCAAAGAAAGUAAAACAGAAACACUUUACUCUUGCCUGUGAAGUGUCCUUAAUGAUUUUUUUUCUCUGAAACAUAUCGACAGUUCAAGGCAAGACUUGAAGCAGCGGCACAAUAGUUGCCUGAUUUUUGACUUUACAUAACUUUAUUCUCUAAAAAUAACUCACUAGAAUGAAAAUUUCUAUAACAAAUACAAGAAAAAUCAUAUGACAAAAAAAAAAAAAAAAAAAAAAAAAAAAAAAAGCAAUUUUCGCUCAGAAAAGAAACUAUGCGAAGUAAAGA